GGCGCGGCCGUUGGCGGGCGGUAACGGCUCCGGCCCGUUCCCUCACGGGCUGUCCCCGCGGGCCUGCCGCCGUGCCGCGCCCGCGUGGCUGCGCAGCGUCACCCCUCGGACCGGGGGUGGCGCCCAGGGCGGGCGGCUUAUGUGGCGGCGCGGCCUGCUGGCAGGGCGCUGGCCUGGGGGCCGCCCGGGGCUGAGCGGGCCGCGGUGCUCCUGUGGGAGGACUGGGCAGUGGCGGAACGGCGUUAAAUACCACAUGAGUGUCUCCUGUUCCCGGGGGUUUCCGUAGCCCAGGGGUGGGCUGCAGAUGAAAACAGUGAUACCUGGAUUGUGAAAUGUGCUCCUGAGAAAAAGCUUCCUAAUGGAUUAAGAAACUCCUACCGACCAGGACAUUGGACAGAAUAUAUGGGCAGAGUCUUUAUCUACUUGGGAGACAAUGGCAUCAAAGAAGAUGAGAUGAAAAGAACUAUGACAACAAUCCCUUUCACUGCAGGAAUGGUAGAUCUUCUGGGUUUUAUUGGCGAGAACAAGAAGUUCUUUGACUGCAUAAUUGUUUCAGAUUCUAAUACAGUAUUUAUUGACUGGAUUUUGAAAGCUGCUGGCUUCCAUAAGGUGUUUGAUGAAGUGUUUACAAACCCUGCAGCAUUCAGCAGUACUGGCUAUCUGACUGUACAAGACUUCCACGCUCACCAUUGUGCAAAGUGCCCUAAAAACCUUUGCAAAAGGAAAAUUUUAAAAGACUUUCUAGAUAAACAGUUGGAGCAAGGAGUAAGUUAUGCACAAGUUGUGUACAUAGGUGAUGGUGGGAAUGACUUAUGUCCAGUAAUGUUUUUGAAGAAGGGUGAUAUUGCUAUGCCCAGGCAGGGCUAUACCUUGGAGAAAAAGAUUUCUCGACUGGCCCAAGAUCCCAGUCCUGUAGAGUGCUCUGUUCUGCUCUGGUCUUCUGCUAUCGACAUUAUGUCUUACUUGAAACUGCUUAUAAAGGAAUAAUUCAAAUGAAAAAAGGAACCUAAUACAGUUAUAUUUUAUCUUCCUGGGACAAAAAACCUGCAUGUGAUUAAAAGCACAAAAUUGUAACAUUGGGCUGGUUAUCUGAACAUAUUUUUUUUUAAACACAAUAUAAAACUGUUUAUGUUUAAUCUUGGCCAUAGUGGGAAAGCGAAGUUAAAAUGGCUUUCUGACACAGUACACAUUCCAACAUAAGUGGAAAAAGGGGCUUGCAAGAGGAACUGCCAUUAUUCUUAGUCUUCCCCUUCCCCCCAAGCCUUUACUGACUACAUAACUGACCUUUUCUGUCCCACGCGCUUAGGGGAAGAAGUAGGAUUAGUGCA